GGCGCACCUUCGGCUGGGCCUUGCAUGGCCGGCAAUUUGUUGUCCAUUUGUGGCACCAUCACCUCCGUCCUUACGAUUAUCAUUGGUCUCAUUUACGUUGCAAACAAGCCGCCCAAAUUCAUCUACUAUUGGAAUACUUGCUCCUGGGUGAUGGACUCGGCAACCAGCACGGAUUGCAAUCAAUUGUGGCAGAACAACUUUGGUAUGACAGCGGUGCCUAAAUACACCGCCCUGAUCUUUGGCCUCAUUGGCACUGCCAUGCUCCAGCCGCUGGCAAUGCAGGUGUGUGGAUUCCCUCGCAACUUUGUGCAGUACGGCUUGUUCCUGUGGCUGCAGGGCUUCUAUGGUGACUUUGGCUACUGCGGAAAGCUCGGGGUGUGGGUGGGCUGCCUGAGCUGCUUCGUCGGGACCGUGUGCUUUAUUGGCGCCUGGUUCGAUUUGAAGAGCUCCCGGAUGCUCCGAUUAGAGGAAGAGUACAAGUACAUGUAUGAUGCGGAGGACUUUGAGUACACUGCGGCUGGGGCAGCAGCAGGAGCGGCCAUGGUGGCCGGGGAGGCAUCUCCUGACAGCAAGGACCUUUUUGACAAGUUCGACACAGAUGGUGAUGGCCGCAUCUCUCGCCAGGAGCUCAGCUCUGGUCUCUCUCGCGGCCUGGGCCGCCCCUUGAGGUGAUCCAGGUUUUGAACAGAUCCUGGCAGGUACAAUAGAUCGGUUUGCGUCGUGCUUCACCAUCGCGACCAACUACGAAGUGGGAGAAGUCUUGGUUUUCCACCUUGUGACAUGCUCUGGGCUGUGCGCAGAAGUCGGAAAAGACAUGAAAAGACCGUGCAGAAUGCGGAUUUGGGUCGAGUUUGUUUUUGCGCUGAGUUUGUCUGAUGAUUUGUUCGGACACGUUGUGACUGCGAAGAGAUUACUGUACCGGGAAACGCCUCGAAUUUCAUUGUGAUUAUAGACGUCCUCUCUUGUUCACGAUAUACCCACGGGUCAGCAGAAAGAAACACCAACCGCAUGUUGGCGGAAACCGGCAGACGCGCUCAGAUGUGAAUCCAAACGCGCUCCGCCGGCUCGACGACAUCUCGGGCGCUGUCCUGAGGUGGUGAAGACGACGCCCCUGGGCCCCGACAACUGCGAAGCGUGGCGGUUUCAACGGAGGGGGUAGGGGCUGGGCGUUAAUGGUCAGCCAAAAGACCAAAACGAUAUGACACGAGUUUUAGUAUAAUACGUGUUAGAGAGGAUUUACAGUAGGAUUUACAUAUUCUUUUAAUUUGUUUGGGGGACUAUACCUUUACUUACUUUUAGAUUGAUUGUAAGGGUCAGUGGCAAGUCAUCAGUUGAUAGGUGGUUCAUUUGAACUCUUUGAAAUAAUACUAUCGGUCCUUUCCUUCAUCUCUCAGCCAGGGUAGGCUACUUGGUUGAAAGCGAGGCAGCAGCGCAGCGGCGCAGGGUAAAGAGAAGAGGAGAGAAGAGCAAAAGAUACAUACGAGACAGAAAUACAUAAAGAUAACAAGCAAGAGAAGGACAAAAAACACACGAAAUUAAAGGAUAGAAUCAAGAUACCAAGAGGAAGAUCAAGAGUCAAAAGAAAGGAGAGGAGUCGGAACAAGAGAAAAGGGCAAACUCCUUUUCAUUCUGAUGCCUCCGUCCCACUUGUACCAGCUGACCGAGAUCCUGUGACCGGGGGGCCGAGAUCCUCAUGCGGGAGGAGACUCCUUGAGGGCGUGGGUCAUGCAUGGCUGCAUGGUCAUUGCUAGCGCUGAGGGUUCAUCAUGCCAGCCUUCCUCAUAUCGAAGUGGGUGAAUCAUAGUGAAUCAGACCCAAGAGCUAGUUGUUUGGAUCUCUGAAACUCUCCCCCAGAUUGUAGCUCUUGGAUUUCCC